UCCUGACUGGGGUCGAGAAGGGGAAUCCACGUGCGUGGCCGGGAAGGAAGGCAGCGUGGCCGGCGGGGCUGCGAGGAAAGCAGAUCGCGGAUCUUUUUCUGCGCGCAUCUCUUGGGAAGCGAAGUCCAAGCGAGGAACAGAGCCGCCUCUUUCCUUCUGAGCGCCAGGUAAGAAGCUCCCUCCCUUCUUUCCUUCUUCCCUUCUUCCCACCUGGGGAAAUGCUUGGACAGGUGAGCCUUCAAUGCAGCUCCUUGGGGCGUUUCUAAGAUCGCUCCUGUAGUCCCCACCUUUUCCUUGGGGAGCUUAUUCUGCCGGCCCUUCCCGAUCGUUUCCCGUAACUUCCUUUUUUCUCUCUGGUGCUGUUUCAGACCCAGAAGGCUUGGGGUUUAAUGGAUGCUAACUCGGCUGGAGGGAAAGGGGGCGAUCCCUCCUAGGACCUGUUGUUUCGGGGAGUUGCUCUGGACAAGCCACCUCCGGAGGGAGCAUCAGACACUCUGAUGGCUUUGUCUUCAUCUCCCGGAACCUCAGUUCUUUUUAAUGGAGGACUUACAGCGGUUAAACUUCCAACUAAGAAUUUAGUUUCAUUUGAGGAUGUAGCUGUGUUUUUCUCCAUGGAGGUGUGGGCCCUGCUGGAUUCUGAGCAAAAAGCCUUAUACCAAGAGGUCAUGCUGGAAAUCAAGAGGAACAUGGCUUCCUUAGGUGACGGAUGGGAGAUGGAGGAUUGUGGCCAAGAGGCAGCAGCACCUUGGCCAAAAGAGAAAAAGGAAGUUGCAGAAAAGAUGGAUGGAAAGCAAAGUUCUGAAGAAAAACAGUUAACGGUUGAGCUGGAGAAUUGCCCUGGUUUCCCAUGUGCAGAUACCAAUGUCUUAUUGGAAACAGAUGAUUGCCAAGAAAAAGAAGUGUGUUCAAGGUGUGGGAAAACACUCCGAGAUGGAUGUGAAUUAUGUGACUGUUGUGAAAGCCCUGCUGGAGAGAAACAAGAUGAAAGCAGGCAACACUCCGGAAGUACCUUUCCACCUCCUUUACAUGAAAGAAUACAAGAAGGAAGAGAAAUGUACAAAUGUAUGGAGUGUGCAGAAAGCUUCAGUACAAGACACUCUCUUGCAUUGCAUAAAAAGAUUCACAAAGCAGAGGAUCCACACAAAUGUCUGGAUUGUGGAAGGACCUUCAGGCAGAAACGUCAUCUGAGUUCACGUAAGAGAGUCCACAAAGAGAGGAAGCAGCAUCAGUGCAUCACCUGUGGAAAGACCUUCAGAAACAGCAACUCCCUAACAUCCCACCAAAGCAUCCACAGAGAGGAGAAGUUGCAUCAAUGCAGGGAGGGGAGAACAAGGUUUAUUCAGAGCAAGGAACUGAAUUCCCAGAAAAAAAGUCCCACUGGGAAUAAUUCAUGUAAAUGCCUGGAAUGUGGGAAGAGCUUCCGCUUUGCAAGUGCCCUCACUUACCAUAGAAGGAUCCAUACAGGGGGAAAGCCGUAUCAUUGCACUCUGUGCGGAAAGAGCUUUGCACAAAAAGGCAAUUUUAAUUUACAUAACAGGAUCCACACGGGAGAGAAACCCUAUAAAUGUUUGGAGUGUGGGAAAAGCUUCAACAGACGUGAUACUCUAAACUUACAUAAUAGGAUGCAUAAAGGGGAAAAACCGUAUAAAUGCCUGCACUGUGAAAAGAGCUUCUAUCAAAAAGGUCAUUUUAAAUUACAUGAGAGGAUGCACACAGGAGAAAAAACAUUUCAAUGCAUGGAGUGUGGAAAGACCUUCUAUUGCUCGGCACGUCUUACUGCACAUCACAGAAUCCACACAGGGGAGAAGCCCUUUCAAUGCUUGCAAUGUGGAAAGUGCUUUGCCAGUUCUGGUGGCUUUCAUGCCCACGAACAGACCCACACAGGGGAGAAACCUUAUAAAUGCCUGGAGUGUGGAAAGAGCUUUGGUAAUUCCUACCAUUUAACAUUACAUAGGAGAAUCCACAGUGGAGAGAAACCAUAUCAAUGCUUUGAGUGUGGGAAGCACUUCAGUCAAACAAGUAACCUUAAUAUGCACAAAAGGAUCCACACGGGGGAAAAGCCUUAUAAAUGCACUGAAUGUGACAAAUGUUUCACCCGUUCAUGGUCCCUCACUUCCCACAAAAGGCUCCACUCCGGGGAGAAACCAUAUGAAUGCCGCACAUGUGGAAAGUGCUACAAUACAAAAACUGACUGUAUCGUACAUAGUAGAACCCACACUGGGGAGAAGCCAUAUCAGUGCCAAGAGUGUGGAAAAUGCUUCAGUGAUUCUCGAAUACUGACGAUCCAUAAAAGGAUUCAUACAGGGGAGAAACCCUUUAAGUGCAUGGAGUGUGGCAAGAGUUUUAGAAAAAGUAGUUAUCUUCAUAUCCACAAGAGGAUCCACACUGGGGAGAAACCAUACACAUGUAAUGAGUGCGGAAAAAGCUUUACAAGCGAUAAUUCACUCAGAAACCAUAAAAGGAUUCACUCAGGGCAGAAACCCUAUAAAUGCCUGGAGUGUGGAAAAUGUUUUAGUGUGAGUGGCCAUCUUACUUACCACAAUAGGCUCCACACGGGAGAGAAGCCGUUUAAAUGCAUUGAGUGUGGAAAGAGUUUCCGAGCUGGCAGCAGUUUUAGACUCCAUAAUAGAAUCCACACAGGGGAGAAGCCAUAUGAGUGUGUGGAGUGUGGAAAGAAAUUCAGAACUGGGGGUGACUUUAAUCGGCAUAAGAAAACGCAUAGCAGGAAAAGAUGACACUAAUUGGUUCGUAUUGAUUUUCAAAAUUUGCUUCAUCCCCACAGAAGUGUCCACAGGAGAAUCUGUAGAAAUACUUGGCAAAUGGGAAGGGCUUCCAAAGCAACAGAAGCUUUUCGACCCAUUAAAAAUAAGUGUUGCCUUAUAUAUUUAAGUCACGCCAGA